AUGGCAACCGGAGCCACGUCAGCAGUGCUGACGGUGCAGCAGCUGAGUGCACGUGCCGCUCGCAUCAUGCGCUCAACGCCGUGGGGACGACUCAUGCGACCCGACGUGCGGUUACCACACGUCCAAGCCUUCACGGGCUUCCUGGAAGCUUCUCACCGCAGCCUGCUACAGUCAAUUGGGAUCCCAUCCUCAGCCAUCUUCCACAGGUGGGAGAGGGGAGGAGAGGGAAGGGGGAGAAGGGGGACAUUACAGCCCAUCUCACCUUUGGGCGGGGCAGCAGUGGCUGCUAUGGAGAGGAUGAGUGACAUCUUGAGAAAUCUCAUCUCACUUUGUGACCUCUGUGCCUCUGCCUGCUUCCCACCCCCACCUUUCCCUUUCACCCUCCCCUCCCUUUCACCACUCAGCUACACCUAUCUGAUGAACAGCUUUGCAGCGCAGCUCACCACUGCGGAGGCAAGGCGGCUCAAGAGGCACCCAGCAGUGGCAGAGGUGGAGAGAGACCGCACAGUGCGAGUGACCUCGGUGCACUCCCCUGAGUUCCUCAAGCUCGACUCGAGCCUGUGGCCGGCGAAUGGUGGGCAGAGCAACGCGGGAGAGGGAGUGAUCAUUGGAGUGAUUGAUUCUGGAAUUUGGCCCGAGCACCCCUCCUUCUCUGACCCGGUGAGUUCUCCGAGUGACUGUGUCGGAGUGGGCUAUGGCUUUGAGAGCGCAUGGCAGAGCAACGCAGGAGAGGGAGUGAUCAUCGGAGUGAUCGACUCGGUGCGUUGGAGAGGCGUGUGCAGUGAAACAGACGACUCUUCAUCUUUUCCCCUCUACUUCUUCCUGCAGGACCCGAACGGAGUGCCUUACUCCGCUGCCCCGGUGCGCUGGAGAGGCGUGUGCACCAAAACAGACGACUUCACAGCGUGCAACGGCAAGGUUGUUGGAUGCUACCGGAGAUGCAGAGGUGCCGCUGGAAACGCAGGUGUGGAGGUGACAACAGGCGGCCGAACCUUCGGCACAGCCUCGGGCAUGGCUCCCCGAGCCAGGCUGGCAGUGUACAAGGCGCUGUGGAUCAUCGGGGAGUACCAAGGGAUUGGGUCCGGUUCUGACCUCAUUGCUGCUGCAGAAAAGGCGGUGGCUGAUGGAGUGGACGUGAUAUCAUGCUCGUGGGGGGGCCUUGCCAUGUACUUCCAAGACCUGCCCUACUUGCGUGGUCUAAAGCACUUUCAGCCUGCUUGGGAAACGGCAGUACCUGGUGUGGUGGACGUCAUAUCAUGCUCGUGGGGUGGUCUUGCCAUGUGCUUCCAAGACCUACCCUACUUGCGAGGACUUAAGGUGCGAAUCAUCUUUGAGAAUUCUCCAAAGUAA